AUUCAAGGCAGCAGAAUCGAUGUCACUUAGGAUCGGUAAUAGACUAGUGAUGCCUAACUGGAGCCAAAAUGGCAGCGUUGUUUUAUUUUCAAACAUCAUCUGUAUUCGAGCGACUUAAUCAACCAGGCAUCUAAUCGUUUAUAACAAGAUAACAUUUCCAUAAUCUUCAUACGUACGCUUGUUUUGAGCAUGUUUCUUCUAUGUAGUCCUUAAGAGAACAGCGGGUCCGUGAAUGACACAAGAACCGGCCCGUUCAGUCCUGUGUUUUCCACCCCAUUUUCUAUUGUCGACCAUGAGAGAUCCCCUACAAUAGUUGUUGCAAAUGAAAAUGGAGGAUAUGUCUCUGUCAGGCCUGGAUAACACCAAGCUAGAGGCCUUGGCUCAUGACGUUUACUCUGACCUCGUGGAAGAUGCCUGUUUAGGGCUGUGCUUUGAGGUGCACAGGGCAGUCAAACAGGGCUAUUUCUUCCUGGAUGAUACGGACCAAGAAAGUAUGAAGGAUUUUGAAAUAGUGGACCAGCCAGGUGUAGACAUCUUCGGGCAGGUGUACAACCAGUGGAAGAAUAAGGAGUGCGUGUGUCCCAACUGCAGCCGGAGUAUCGCGGCCUCACGCUUCGCUCCUCAUCUGGAGAAGUGUCUCGGGAUGGGCCGCAACAGCAGCCGAAUAGCCAACCGCAGAAUAGCCAGCAGCAACAACACAAGCAAGUCAGAAAGUGAUCAGGAAGACAAUGACGAUAUCAAUGACAACGACUGGUCCUAUGGUUCAGAAAAGAAAGCCAAGAAAAGAAAGUCAGAAAAGAAUCCAAACUCUCCCAGGAGAUCCAAAUCCAUAAAGCACAAGAAUGGCGAGCUCAGCAGUAGUGUAAAUCCCGAUAUGUACAAGUAUAACUACAGUUCUGGCAUCAAUUAUGAGACCUUGGGACCUGAGGAGCUGCGAUCCAUACUGACUACGCAAUGUGGGGUUGUAUCAGAACACACAAAGAAGAUGUGUACUCGGUCCCAGCGGUGUCCCCAGCACACGGACGAACAGAGGAGGGCAGUCAGGGUCUUCCUCCUUGGGCCGUCCGCGUCGACACUACCCGACUCUGAUACAAUGCUGGAAAACGAUGGCUAUGAUGCUCCUGAUGGCCAGCUUAUCAUGUCCCGUCUCCAAUGGGACGGCUCCUCUGAUAUCUCUCCAUCAGAUUCUGCAUCUUCAAAAGCCAGCACCAAUAACUCUGAAUCUAAGAGACCUAAGAAAAAGAAGAAGCCCAGCACGCUGUCUCUGACUGCUGCUGGAGGUGGAGGAGAAAGGGACAAAGGGCAGGAACGAGAGAGAGGAGACAGAGAGAGGGUAGCAGGCGGCGGGAGCGGUAGCGGUAGCAGCAGCUCCCAGAAUGCACUGGGCCUGUCCAGUCGUAAAAAGCGACCAAAACUGCCAGUUCCUCCAGCCCCAAGCAUCUACGAUGACCUGAACUAAUGAAGCUUGCACUCACUUACACACAUAUUUUCUGAUCAUGACUCACUCGAUGAGUCCCUUUAUGAUCUCUGGUUUUCACCAUUUCAAGGUACAUGAAUAAGACAAGACAAACUCACCAUUGAACGCGUGUGUAAGAGAGGAAAGGUCUAGGCGGCAUUUCAGACAUUAAUUUCUUGGGCAUAUGAGAACAUUUUAUGGCAAAGUGUUGCACAGUGAAAAGUGAGUAUUUUUGUGACUAAAUGUGAUUUUUGUAUGUGGAUCUGAGUUGGAGUCAGAUUUUUUUUUAACUAUGCAGUUCACUGUCAUUGUGUCAUUGCAUACACUUGUCUGUAUGUAUACAUGAGAUUUUGGUUUACAAUGACACAGGAAAAUGUGCCAUGGCACACCAUAGGUGAAUGGGUUGAGUAGGUUAAUCUGUGCAAUGUCCUCUAUUGGUUUUAAAGGGUGUCUUUUCAUCAUAUUGUCUUGCUAAUGUUACUGCAACCUGCUGAUCUCAGCUGCUUUCUGCAAAACUACGCUACUCCUCAUACUCUCUUGAAAAUGUCUUGCUAACUAAUGGACUUGCAUAGUGCUACGACAGCUUUCUGCCAAAACUGUGGAUACACAAUCUUUUGCCUUUUGUGUUACUUUUUAAGUUAAUGUUCUUGUUUGUUGUCAUGGCUAAUUUUUCUCGUCUGAUACUCUAUUUAUUUAGUUUGCCCUGUGAAUGUUUGUAUUUUUUUAUAAUCAAGGCUUUUUGAUUCCUUAAUCUUUAAUCUCUGGCAGAACGUAUGCAUUUUCUCGGAUUACAAAGUGUAAAUGGCCGAAGAGUUCAGUGAUCCUUAAAGCACUUACUGUUAUGUUAGAUGUCAGCUUGUUUUGUACAAAAUAUGUUUGGGUAAAAAAAACAAUGUUGUCAGAAAUGCAAAUAGUAAUUGAAGAUGCACUUAAAAUGGAUUAAAUCCAGCCCAUAUAGGCGCCUUAUUGUCUUUUUUCGUAAAGUUUUAUUUUUGUCAUUGAGCUGUUUGUGAAUUUUGUUGCUUUAAGUUUAAAUAACCUGAGAGCUUUCUACAAGUGUGAAUGGAAAUGUCUGCAUGAUGGAAGGAAAAACAAAACAUGGUACAACUAUACCAUUGCUGUGAGUGGACGUUUCUUCUGUGACGCUGAGUUAUUGCUCUGUCUCAAUGGACUGUAGUAUCUCUGUAAUAGUCUAAAUAAAUGUCUCAGGAUUCACAA